GAAGAAAGAAGGAGGAGAAGGAAGAAAGAUGAAGAAGAAAGAAAGCGUCCUCCUCCUCUCCUCCUCCUCCUCCUCUUCGAGGCGGGCCAGCCCUGCCUGCCUUGCCUUGCCUCCUCUUGUUGGCCUCCCAUCCUUGGAAGGCAGGCUUCCUGGGAGGAUGCGGCGGAGCCCCUGGCCUCGGAGGGGGCAAUGGAGACUACUGCUGGGCAGGUUCUCUCUGGGCUGAUGGAUCAGGACAAAGAGCCUUCUAGCACUGUGGUGUUUUCUCCCGAAUCUGAACUGGAGGUAGCAAGGCAGCUGUUCACAAAAUAAUCUCAUUGGACAAGCAUUAUUCCCUUCCCCUGGAUGAAGGCUGUGCACAAGAGAUGCACAGCAUGAUGAGAAGGACUUGGUACCCCUGCAUAGACUGAAAGGAAAGAGCGAGAGGCCCCAAUGGGAUGGGAUCUAUCAGCAUGGCGUCUCCACCACACCUGGCCCAGUUCUAUCGGGAGUAUUACAAUAACAACAUAAUUUCACUGCACUACAACUACACCGGGAAGCUCCAUGCCAGCAAAUACAAAGGCAGCCUCAAGACAGAUGCCAUUGUCUUCCUAGUAGUGUGUGCCUUCAUUGUGAUUGAAAACUUAGUGGUUCUGCUGGCCAUCUGGAGGAACAAAAAGUUCCACUCGCCCAUGUACUACCUGAUUGGGAAUCUUACUCUCUCGGACCUGCUGGCUGGAGUGGCCUACACAGCCAAUAUCAUCAUGUCUGGGCCCAACACCCUUAAACUGACUCCCAUCCAGUGGUUUAUGAGGGAAGGUGGUGUCUUUGUCACACUGGCAGCGUCUGUUCUCAGCCUCAUCGCCAUCGCCAUUGAACGGCACAUCACCAUGGUCCGCAUGAGACUUUACCAGGGGGACAAGAAAGGACGGAUGUUCCUACUGGUGGGGGCCAGCUGGCUGGCCUCCCUCUUGCUUGGGGUGCUCCCCAUCCUGGGGUGGAACUGCAUCAAAAACCUUCCUGAGUGCUCGACGGUGCUGCCCCUUUAUUCUAAGCAUUACAUCCUCUUCUGCAUCACCAUUUUCCUGGUAAUUCUGGUUUCUAUUGUGGUGCUUUAUGCCCGCAUCUACCGUAUGGUCAAGUUCAAUGGGCAGCGCCUUGGCAGCCUCCGGAAGGGCAUGCUAAAGAAGUCCCAAAAGUACAUGGCCCUCCUGAAGACGGUGACCAUUGUGGUGGGCACUUUCAUUGCCUGCUGGCUACCUCUCUUUCUCCUCUUGUUGCUGGAUGUUGCAUGCCAGGCCCAGACAUGCAGCUUGCUGUACAAGGCAGACUAUUUCCUGGGCUUGGCUAUGAUUAACUCCCUUCUUAAUCCCAUCAUUUAUACUCUGACCAGUAAGGACAUGAGACGAGCCAUUUUCAAAUUGCUCUGCUGCCUUCUGGUGGUCACACCAGGCACAGAGGAGCGACAAGCCAAACGCUUUGGUUUCCCUAUACUGGAAGGUAGCACAAGCAAAUCGGAGCGCUCAUCCCAUCAACAGGAGGGGAUGAACACCAGCUUCUCUGUUGGGAAUGGCACCCCUGCAGCCAUCAAAGCACUAGUACUGAAAGCCACCCACUGAAAUCCUUUGUCUGCCCUGCCUUGGGCAUCAGCAGCACUGAGCUGUGGGCAGCCAGAAAAUCAGGAUGCUGGAAGUACCAGCCUCACUUGAAUUGGGAGUAGAUGACUAUGGGAAAUGGCUGGUCCUGAUCCUGAAGAUUAGAUCAUGAAGGAGAGAGCUAAGGAAGGGCUGGUGGGGAGGCAGGCAAGCAAACUGGCAAACUGUGGGAUAGGGCUUAUUCAGAAGGUAAAAAUAAUCUGGGUUGAAUCUUUGAUAUUCAGAUACGUUUCGAAUGUAUCUGAUUAAGGUUUUUGGGGCAGAGGGGGAACAUGCCAAAACUCCACUUAACCCAAGACAAUCGAUAUUGGGUUUCUGCCCCCCCUCCUAUUUUUUUAAAGCUUUGCAUUGUCAGCAAUGUGAAUAACCAAUGAAUAGACUCAGGAUAAACCGAAUGUGUUUCAAAUACAUUCACAUCAUUGACUUCAUCUUUAUUCAAGUGCUCAGAUGUGUGAGCAACAGAACUCGCAGAGAUGCAGUUCCAUAGUGUGAAUAACCAACCCAGAAAGCGUGAGUGAGAUUAUUUGCAUCGUCACGCUAAAAAAAAACCUGAUGCCUGAAUGACCCCCAUAGACAAGACACCUGGGGGCACGACAGAUGCUCAGAAGGUAGCCAUAGAGAAGCUUGCUGUUGAUCAGGCAGAGCAUUAGGCCUGAUCCAGAAGCAUAUAUAUGUAGACUAAAAGAGCCUGGAUGCGUAGAACUAUCUGGGCCUAGGACCUGGAUGCGUAAAAGAGCCUGGAUGCGUAGAACUAUCUCAGGGCCUAUCUCCCUAGGUUCUUUAAUUCUGAAGCCCACCCUCUUUCCAGCCUUAGGAAAGACCGAGUAUGCAAAAUGAGGAGGCUGCAAAGCAAAGGUCUUUGCUAGCAAUAUUUGACUAGACAGUAUCCUGGAGUGAAAUGAACUCAAGAUGGGCUCAAUGACCUUCAGCAGCUUACCCCAAACUUCACUUUCAUCCUGGUUUCUGCUCUUCCAUCUCCCCAGAAUCACAGCGGCAAAUACAGACCACCUUCAGGCACACCGGUUGGACUAGAUGGCCCUUGUGGUCGCUUCCAAGUCUGUGAUUCUGGAUUCUAUCCUGAAUAACCAUGGAUUGGGGGUACAACCUGGUCUGCAUGGGGUUACACUCUCACUCUGAAGGACCAGAUUUAUAGUUUGGUGAUCUCCUGGACUCCGGUCUAUUGCCAGAGGGACAUGCUGUUGUUGUGGCUUGGAGUGCAUUGACUCAGCCCUUCAGCCAUAUUUCUUCCUUGGAAAGGUUGAUUUGGCCAUAGCAGUCCAUACCUUAAUUACCUCUCUAUUAGAGUAGUAAACUGUGUUUUCCAUGGGGCUGCCCUUUUAGGGGUUGGAAGUGUCUUGUGCAUGCUCUAAAGACAUCACUAGACCAUACAGCACUAGACCUCAUCUGCUCUGCUGCCUUGCUCCUAAGCUCAGUUUAAAGUUCGGGUUUCGAAUUUGUAAUUAGCUAGGAUAUUUUAAGGAUUAUUUCUUUUCAUAUGAGUCUGCCCAGAAUCUGAAACCUUCAGAGCAGGACUUGUUGCAUAUCCCAGCAUCCAGGUUGACAAAUAUAUGAGAAAGGACUUUUCCUGGAGCAGCACAUCUUAGUGUGGAUCCCCCUUUCCACUAUUCUCAUGGAAAUUUGGGCUAGCUCUGUCCUUGCUGAGCUUCUGAAGGCAGCCAGAAAGCCUGCUAUUAUGUUAGGCCUUAUACUUUUAAAAUGUUUUAACUGUUUUUUAAAGACUGUGUCAUUGCUUUUGUUUUUAUAUUGUUAUUUUAUACUGUACCUUGCUUUGGAAGCCCCCAUGGGCAGAAAUGUCGUUUAUAAAUAAUAAAUAAAUAUGAA